AUGCUAGAGGACCCACUUAGGCUAUUUGAUGAGGGUUCUUCUAAAGUCGAUGAUGGUGGUACGUUAAAGGAUUUCAUCAUGCAAAGUACACAUGUUUUGAGUUUCAAGAGUUUUGACAAAUUGGGUGAGAUUUCUUCUUCGCUUCAACUGGUUAACGUCAACGAUUAUGGGGCUCAAGGAGAUGGUAAAAGUGAUGACACCCAGGCAUUCAAGAAGGCUUGGGAAGUAGCGUGUUCAUCUGAGGGAGCAGUUUUUGUUGUGGCACAGAAGAAUUAUCUACUCAAGCCAAUCACAUUUUCUGGCCCUUGCAAAUCCAACAUCCAAGUCCGGAUCUAUGGAAGCCUUGAAGCAUCAGAUAAGGCAUCAGAUUACAGCGAAGACCGCGCACACUGGCUUAUGUUCGACAGUGUUCAGAAACUAUCAGUCAAAGGUGGUGGAAGCAUCGAUGGAAACGGAAACAUAUGGUGGCAAAACUCAUGCAAAAGGAACCAAAAUCUUCCUUGCAAGAAGGCCCCUACGGCGUUGACUUUUUACAAGUGCAAGGACUUGACAGUUGAGGAUUUGACGAUAAAAAAUGGGCAACAGAUGCAUGUUUCAUUCCAAAACUCAGAGAAUGUUUUAGUUUCUGGUCUCACUGUGACAGCACCUGAGGAUAGCCCAAACACUGAUGGAAUUCACAUCACAAACACUCAGAACAUCCAAAUCCAGAACACAGUUACAGGAACUGGUGAUGAUUGUAUAUCAAUUGAAAGUGGUUCCAUGAAUGUUCAAGUCACAAACAUUACAUGCGGACCAGGCCAUGGUAUCAGCAUCGGAAGCUUAGGGUCCCAGGAAUCCAAGGAUUUUGUUUCAGGAGUAAUGGUGAACGGAGCUAAAUUUUCUGGAACUACAAAUGGAGUAAGAAUCAAGACAUGGCAGGGAGGUUCAGGAAGUGCAAACAACAUCAAGUUUCAGAACAUUGAAAUGGAGAAAGUGACCAACCCCAUAAUAAUAGAUCAAAAUUACUGUGAUCAAGCGACACCAUGCAAACAACAACAAUCUGCAGUUCAGAUCAGGAAUGUGUUGUACGAAAACAUAAGGGGCACAAGUGCUUCAGAAGUGGGUGUGCAGUUUGAUUGCAGCGAGAAGUUUCCAUGCGAGGGGAUAGUGUUGCAGAACAUAGAGCUGCAACAUGAAAGUGGAGGAGGGGCCAUGGCUUCAUGCAACAAUGUUCAGUUGUCCUACACAGGAGAUGUCAACCCUCAAUGCCCAUAG